AUGAGACCAGGAGAAGUUUUUGAAAAGUUUAUCAGUCAAGCCCCAGAAUUUGUACCUCAAAAGAAUCAAUCGUAUACACUUUAAGAAGAUCUCAAAAUAAUGUUGGCCCUUAAGGAUGUCAGCAUAGUUUAGUCUAAAAACUUUAGAGAUAUUGAAGAGAGCCAAAUUGUUAAAAGAACUUACAAUUCUAUAAAAAACAGAUAUAUGGAUUACCUUCAAUAUCUGUCCUAGGAUAAUAUGGAUUAAAUUGCUUAACAUUUAAAUGAACAUGGAUUGGUGGGAUAUUUGUUAUUUAGUAAUUCAACACCAAGAGAAUUAUUAAAGAUUGUUACUUUCGAUCCUAAAAUAAUGGAGAAGGAAAAAAAGAAAGUGGAAGACGAACUCGAGAUUAAUAAAUUGUAAAAGGUUAAAGUUGAACACAAAAAACAAAUUGAUCCUACUUUCCCCAGAAAUGAUUUUGAUAAAUUUUCAAUCGAGGAUAUGGAUCAAGUAGUUACCAUCUUGUCGGAAUAUAAAGGAGUUCCAAAAGCAUACUUAGUUGAAAGACUCCAUUAAUUAAGUGGAAAUCUAGAAGACUUGGAUGGAUUCUUAAAAACUAAUGAUGAUACUUAUUGUUUCUUAGAAGAAGAAGACCACUUAUUGAAAGAUGAUCACAACAAGGAAAGUCCAGCAAUCCGACUAUUAAUAAGAAAGAAGGGUAUAUAAAGAGUCUAAAGAAGAUUAAAAUACUUAGGGAUAUGA